CAGUGAUUCUUACCAAACUCGAGGGACAGGAUUAGCACUUUCAAAGCUGCAUUCCCAAAUGUCGAUGACUUCUAUUUGAAUCAACGAUGCUGCUGCAGGGUUGGGUAAUCUCAAGCAAUCUCCUCGAGUUAAGCUGAGCUCUGCAAAGCCAUUGACAAUGUCGUCCUCCUUCGCCAACACCGCGAUUGUUCUCAUUGACCCCUACAAUGACUUCCUGCAUCCAGAAGGCAAGAUGUACUUUGCGACAAAGGAAGAUCUCGCCCGCAAGAACACCAUCGCGCAUCUGAAGAAGCUUGUGGCGUUCGCUCGCUCAAAUCGAAUCCCGAUAUACUACGGUCUGCACCAACAGUACAAGGAAGGGUUCUUCGAUGGCUGGAAGCAUAUGGCUCACAUCCACGAGAACAUCAAGAAGACGGCUACUUUUGCGGAAGGGAGUUUUGGAGCCCAGAUCUAUGAGGGGCUUGAGCCCAGCUUAGCGAAUGGGGAUGUUGUCGUCAGUAAGCAUUGGAACAGCAGCUCCUUCCACCAUACAGAUCUCGAUUUCCAGCUCCGUCAACGGGACAUUACGCGACUUGUGCUUGCUGGCAUGACGGCCAACACCUGCCUAGAGGCAACUGCCAGGUUCGCGUAUGAGCAGGGAUACCACAUCACGCUCCUGACUGAUGCCACGGCUGGCUUCGACCCCAGAGCAACUGACGCAGCCACCGAUAUCAUUUGGCCGAUCUUUGCUUCCCGUGUUACCACUGUGCAGGGACUUAUUGAGACAUUCGAUUAA